AUGGCCACGUUGCAAGUUCCCGUGCGUGGGAAAGCAGGAGGAGCUCCAACCACCAAAGCUGUGAUAUUGGUCGGCGGUCCAUCAAGAGGAACCCGCUUCAGGCCUCUCUCCCUCGAUCUCCCCAAACCCCUCUUCGAAGUCGCCGGCCACCCCAUCAUCUCGCACUGCUUCGCCGCCAUCACGCGCGUCCCCGAGAUCCGCGAGGUCUUCAUCGUCGGCUACUACGACGAGUCCGUCUUCCGCGACUUCAUCAAGGACUGCUCGCGCUCCCACCCGCAGAUCUCCGUCCGCUACCUGCGCGAGUACCAGGCCCUCGGCACCGCCGGUGGGCUCUACCACUUCCGCGAUGCCAUCCUCAAGGGCCGUCCCGAUCGCUUCUUCGUCCUCAACGCCGAUGUCUGCUGCUCCUUUCCGCUUGAUCAGAUGCUGCGCUUGUUUGAAGAGAAGGAUGCCGAGGCGGUGAUUUUGGGGACACGGGUGCCGAACGAUGCGGCGUCGAACUUUGGGUGCAUCGUCAGUGAUGGGCAUAGCAAGCGCGUGCUGCAUUACGUCGAGAAGCCGGAGUCGCACAUCUCCAAUCUGAUCAACUGCGGCGUGUACCUCUUCUCCACCGAGGCCAUCUUCCCCAGCAUCAAGAGCGCCAUCAGGCGCCGGACAGACCGCCCACGUCUCGUCUCAUACCCCUCCUCAGACGCCCUCGACUCGCAGUACCUGCCAGGAGGUGACGACGAGGACGGCGAGAAGAACGAAGUCAUCCGCAUCGAGCAGGAUAUCCUCUCCGACCUCGCCGACAGCCGCCAGUUCUACGUCCUCGAGACCAAGGACUUCUGGCGACAGAUCAAGACCGCGGGCUCCGCCGUGCCAGCCAACGCCCUCUACCUAAUGAAGGCAUUUCAGACUCAGUCCGAAGAGCUCGCCAAACCCUCCGCCAACAUCCUCCCACCCGUCUUCAUCCACCCAACCGCACAAGUCGACCCGACCGCAAAGCUCGGCCCCAACGUCUCCAUCGGUCCCCGUGCAGUCAUCGGCGCAGGUGUCAGAAUCAAGGAGGCGAUUGUGCUGGAAGAUGCGGAAGUUCGACACGACGCCUGUGUGCUGUACGCUAUCAUCGGGUGGAGCAGCCGGAUUGGCGCGUGGGCUCGCGUUGAGGGUACUCCUACUCCGGUUCGUGAGCACAGCACGAGCGUGGUGAAGAAUGGUGUCAAGGUGCAGAGCAUUACCAUCUUGGGCAAGGAGUGUGCGGUGGGUGAUGAGGUGAGGGUACAGAAUUGCGUGUGCUUGCCUUACAAGGAGUUGAAGCGGGACGUACAAAACGAAGUCAUCAUGUAA